AUGCCGGGGUCAUCGUUCAAGCGAACGAUCCUGAUCACAGGAUCGACGGACGGCAUCGGUAAGCAGACAGCCACUGAUUUGGCCGCACAUCCCGAUAAUCGUGUCAUUAUUCACGGAAGAAGCGAGGAGAAAUGUGAGGCCACACGGGACCACAUCGUCAAGGAGACCGGUAAUUCAACAAAUGUCGAUUAUAUUGCAUGCGACUUGUCCAUAAUGAAGGAGGUUGCUCAUUUCGCCGAUCAAGUGAAAAGCCGGUUCCCCGAUUUGAACGUCCUGUUGUGUAAUGCUGGUGUGCUGAAUCCACGACGAGCUGAGACGAAAGACGGACUGGAGAUGACCUUCCAGGUGAACUACUUGUCCCAUUUUAUACUUUGUAAUCGACUGCUUGAGACGCUCGAACGAAAUGAUCAUGGACGAAUUGUCGUAGUCGGAAGUGUACUACACAGUUGGACUGCGUUGGAUUGGUCUGAUGUGAUGGCAAAAAACGACUACGAGAAAUAUUUGGUGUACUCACGAUCAAAGCUUUGUCUACAUCUAAUGGCGUUCGCCCUUCACAGACGAAUGAAUAUCGCACGACGGAACGUGGCUGUAAACGUUGUGGAGCUGGGAAAGGAACGUGAACCGAAUAACAACGGGAAAAUGCGAACCACGUCAGCGUUGUCGAGUUCGAUGUCAACGUUGUCGAUGUGUCGAGCGGCUGGAAAUCUGGUGCAGCUGAUCGAAAAUCCGGCUUUUGAGACGCUUUCAGGGAAAUAUUUGGAUUCUAUGGGAAAGCAAAUCAGAUCCGGAGCAGAAGCGACAGAUGAACGACUCCAAGAACGACUAUGGACAUACUCUGCGGACCUCGCUAAAGGCUAUAUUUAA